ACAUGCAGUCCAGAAUAGUUAUCUCUUAUGAACUUUUCUCAGAUUGGUGUAAGUCAGCUUGGAAUUCGUAAGAAGAUACUGGACGGAAUACACAGCGUUCACAAGAAGGAUUGGGACAAUGCUAGUCUACCAACAAUGCACUACAACAAACAAGUCAGCUGUGGGGAAGCCCUAGCAAUGGUAGCCAACAUCUCGAAACACAUCAAGUAUAUCUGCACCACCAUGGCUUACCUCCAGAACCAGCUGAGCAGGAGCCCGGCAAUACUGGAGCAGCUCCAGGAUGGCACCGGUCCAAAGCAGCUUCAUAAGCACACAGUUGACACAAUACACAACCUGACGUCACUACAGACACAACUAGGAACUCUAAAGUUACAACUAGAACAGAUGCUAGAAAAAGGCAACUAUGAUCCACCAGACCUGAUUCACGCUCCCCCACCCACCUCCAACAGCAGACGUCGGCUUGUUCCCAUGGUGAUUCUGUCUGGUGCCCUGCUUGUAACUCUGGUCUGGAAUAAGGAUGCUAUAUCACAGUGGAUAGGAAGGGAACCAUCUUAGUGAAGACUGAUUCUGAUUGGCCUAAUUUUGGGUAGUAAAGUGUUAUAGUUUUAGACAGUGUGCAUUGUGCAAUCUGAUUGACAAAUAUUUUGCAGCCAAGUUAGAAGCAUAUAAAUGCUUCAUUGUGAUUGACAAAAUCACUGUUGGUUCUAAUCUGCCAAAACAUGGUCGACACUGUAACGUGAUUAACCAAAGAAAAGAACAGUGUUUGAAUUUGUAAUCUGAUUUGCUACACAGUCUAGAUUGGCCCCAGAAGGCCUCUAACUGUAGGAUGGUGUGGUAAUGACAGCUGUGCAUCCAAUCUCAGGAACAGGUCUUAGCUUGCUUCUUUGAGUGUCUGUUUUUCGAAGGAUUGUCACAUACUUGAUGUCAGAGCAGUUGAUGUAGUUGUUUUGCCGGUUGGAAAGAAAAUGAAAGUGGUAAACUCCUGAGAUAUAAACAUGAACACAUUCAUAAUGUCAAUGGCGCUACACACGGGUACAGAAAUUGCCAUCACUGUAAACUAGAACUAUGUUGUUAUGCCCCUUGAAGGAAUUUACUGUGGAAAGGAGGAUAACUGGCUUUUUGUUUUCAACCUUUCUUUUUUAAGAGUUACUUCCCUUACUGUAUUGGUUUUAAACAAUUCUUAAAUUUACUCCUUCAGUUUUGUUUAAGCACUAAUUUGUGAAAAAAGUUUUGACAAAUUCAAUGUUUUUCAAAUGUUAGUUUUGAUUGUUUUCAAGUAUUUGUUUUCCAAACAUGAGGCUAGUAGAUAAGUGUUAAAACCAGUUAUUUAUGUCCCUGAACAUCAUAUUUGAAGAAAACUAUAAACUACUGUGCAGCCUCUAAAUACUUAUUUUUAGAAACCAGCAACCCUUUUUCAAGCUGGUCUGGGGGGGGGGUUAUAAAGAAAAGAAAAUGUUAAUGGUUCUUAAUAACAUGGAUAAAGCUGAUUUUAAAACUGCCCAUAAUGAUGUUGACUCCAGAGUACGAUAUGCAGCUUGCUUAUAAAUCAUUUCACAAGUUGCAAUAUUUACUUACUAUAUGGGCUCACUUGCUUUGAAAUCAAGUUAUGUCCCCUAGUGUGA